AUGGAUAAGGAAUUUCUUUCUGUGGAGAAAGAUUGGGACUUGAUUAUGGACAUAAUUGAAAAUGGUGACGUUUCUGACAUUAGUUUGAGUGGAAAUGAGGAUGACAGUAUACCACUGAUUGAAAGGCAAGCUCCACAGAUAGUGAAACGUGUUGGAGCAGAUAAAGUGGGCGUGAAUGAUGUGUGUAGAAACACCAUAUCUGAAGAUGAAGAUGACGGAGACGUGAUGGAUGCUGAAAUGAACUUAUUAUGCAAUGAAAACAACCCAGAAUUGAAUAACCUGUGUGACAACAUAAUGGUGACACCUAAAGAAUCCAUAAAAUGGAAACGCAAGCCUCUAAGUACCAUGACAGAAACAUACAAAGCUCCAAAUUUUGAAGAAUCUGUCUUGUGUUCUCCAAUACAAUACUUCAAAAGAUAUAUACCAGAUGAUUUGUUCACUAACAUGGCAGCACAUACUAAUAUUUAUUCAUUACAACAAGGCAAAUACUCAUUCAAGCAGACAACAACUCAAGAACUAGAGGUGCUAUUUGGUUUGCAUAUACCGACUGGCGCUUUGAAAUUUCCCAGAUUACGAAUGUAUUGGGAUACAAGCCUGAAGGUAAGUGUGUUUUGGGAAAACAUGUCACGAGCCAGAUUUUUAGAAUUACGAACAAAUUUACACGUGGUGAACAACCUGGAGAAGCCACCUGAAAAUAAAGAUAAAUUUUACAAAGUCAGGCCAGUUUACACAGCCAUUCGAAAACGCUGCAGUGAACUUCCUAUAGAAGAGAAUGUUUGUGUGGACGAAGGAAUUAUUCCUUUCACUGGGAAGUUUUCUGCAAAGCAGUAUAUCAAGGGGAAAUCAAGUCCAUGGGGAAUCAAAGUCUUCAUGUUGUGUGGAAUGAGUGGAAUAGUGCAUGAUUUCCUUUUGUAUCAAGGUGCUACAACUGAACUAAAUACGCCAUGCUGCAAAAAAUUUGGAUUAGGUCCUGCUGUUGUUUUAGGAUUUUCUGUUCCACUCUCAAAAGGUAAAGGUCAUAAACUAUACUUUGACAACUUCUUUUCAUCUUAUCAUCUGUUUCAACUUCUGAAAUCUCAAGGCAUCAAUGCAGCAGGUACCGUCCGUCAAAACAGGUUUGGAAAGAACUUGCUUUUCUCAGAUGAUAAAACAAUAAUGAAACAAACCAGAGGUUACUGUGAAGAAAUCACUAGUGCUGAUGACAUUACCAUGUUUAAGUGGUUAGACAAUAGGCCAGUUGUAUUGUGUUCUAACUUUGUUGGUAAAGGCUCAGUGGAUGAAGUUGAGUUUGGGGACAAAAAGCACCAUAAAUAA